AUGCCACCCACAACGAAAUGGAGUCGGACGAGGACGAGGACGAGGACGAGGAGACGGAGCAGACUGUACUUCCGCAUGGAGUAUCAUGGAGAUGAUCUCACAAGUGGCCUCGACUCAGCCAAGCACUCCGUUCACGAGGUACUCAAGUACCCAAGUACCCCAGUACCACGGGCAGGACUGGAGGCUCAGAGACUCGAGUCUCAAGCGAUUUGGGGAAGGAGUUUGCCAACCCAGAGUUGCCCUUCCACAUUGCAGGAAGGAGCAACUGCCUGGUUCGUUCUGGCGGAAGGCGCACGGGUGUCAUCCACUCCUGCCGCUCUGCCUGCAGCAGUUAAAUUACCUAGGUACCUAAGUACGGAGUGCAGCCGGAUGGCAUUUUGA